AACGACCUUCGUUAUCCCCCCUUUCCGUUUCAAACCACCCAUAUAUAAGGCAACAAGGAAUGCCCACCCCUUUGGCGCUCCUCUUAUCGGCAAUCUUAAUAAUAGGCACCUACUUCGCGAUGCCCUUUUGGCCAUUCCGGAAAUCGAACUACGACCCUCGAGGGAAACACUGUUACAUCACAGGCGGCUCGUCGGGGUUGGGCAAGGCUCUUGCGGAGCGGCUGGUGAAGCAAGGAGCGCAUGUCACGAUUGUCGGGAGAGAUAGUAAAAAGGCGGAAGGUGUGGUUGAGGAACUCAAAGCAAUCGCAGCACCGGGCCAGAUCAUCCAGUGCAUCGCCGCAGACCUCACGUCCCCUAUCGCCUCUACUAACGCUAUCCACGCUGCGUGCAAGCCACACGCAGACCAAGCGCCUGACUAUGUCUACCUCUGUGCUGGAUUCUCUCGGCCGAAACUGUUCGUUGAAACGACAAAGCAAGAGUUGAAAGAUGGACUUGAUGGUGUGUACUGGGUAUCGGCUUAUACCGCUCACGAGGCAUGCCAAAUGAUGAGCAAACAACGCCGUACUGGCAAAAUCAUCUUUGUCGCCAGUUUCCUCUCCUACGUCUCUUUUGCCGGAUACUCAUCCUACUCUCCUGCCAAAUACGCUCUUCGCGGCCUUUCAGAUGCUCUGCGCUCAGAAAUGUUGCUGCACAAUAUUGAUAUCCACAUCUUCUUACCGUGUGGUAUCAGCGGCCCUGGAUUCGAUGCGGAAAAUAGGACAAAGCCAGCUGUGACAAAGAAGAUUGAAGAAGGGGAUACGCCUAUCACUCCGGACGUCUGUGCGGCGGCUUUGGAAAGUGGCUUGAAGAAGGGCUACUACCAAAUCACAGACAACCUGGUCACCGAACCUAUCCGCUUACGUUCCAACGGUGGUGUGCCGACCAAUAAUUUUUUACUCGACACACUCUGGCUUAUCGUUAGCUCCGUCGGUGUACCCAUCUGGCGAAUGACAGCCGACUCUGCCGUGAGAUCUUUUAGGGCCAAAGUGGAGAAAGAGCUUGAGGCGAAGGGGUAUUAUGUGUCGUAAUAGAACGCAUUUUACUGGCUCUCAUUGCUGGAUUUUGAGAUGGUUUUGCUUUACGAUGAAGUGCCAAAAGGGGUAAAGCCAUGGAGUUUGAACAGCAACCGUAGCGGUCUAACUUCUUAACUUCUUAAGCGAAACGGGGUUGCAGAGAUCGUGCAUGGAUGUACUGUAAGUUGUCCAGAGCGUCUCAACGCAGUCGCAAGUAUCAUUGUUCUACAUCAUGUAAGAUCAAGAAGUA